AACCUCACUCACUCGUACUCUCGGACUGGACCGCGCAGCCAUUAGAAUUUUACAAUAUCAAUUUAAGCAUACAUUUGUAAAUCCAUUCAGCUUUCAUAGCAUAAUUUAUUCCUUAGACCAACCCAAUAUCCAUUGUGUAGCCCGCGUUACAGCUUGUGCCUCAGUGCCUCUGUUAUCUCUCGCGCAACCUGAACCUCUCCCUAAAAGCAUGUCUUCGAAGCCCGGUGACGAACAAGGUUCGGAAGGGAAAGGGUUUGGGGACGAUUGUGAAAGAAAUGGCCUGUUUGGAAGUAUACCACCCCAGUUUGAUGAGAUACGUGAAGAUUUAAAACCGAAAAGCAGGGAGGAGACGAGCGACCUGGAUCAACAAUUAUAUACAUUUGAGGACGAUGGGAAAAGGCCUCCCGUUGCUAUGGAAACUGCAUCUACAGGUGAUGCCAUGUCUGACCUUUUCCGGAAGCCCAUGAGUGAUGAUGGUAAACUUUACACCUCACUCCUGUCCAAUCAGAGCUACCCCUCAGUCCAGGAUGCCUCUUACCAGUCUGAUGAUCUGAAGCGUUCCUCUGACCUCUCCUCCCAGGACACCUUCGACUCCUACGGCAUCUUUGGUUCCCCCCACACCAAGAUGACCACUGACCUGGUUGAUGAGAUGCCCAAGUCCCUGCUGGGUAGCUCUGAGUUGAAGACUGAGGCCUACAACUACAUGGAUAUCAGCCAUGGUGAUGACGUCCACAACGUGCGCUGUCCACAACCAGCGCCCCUGCAUAGUCUGGUGGACACUGGGCUGUCUGGCCUGGACUCCCUGGGAGGCUACAUGGAUAAGAGCCCUGCAGGACACGAGGAGGAGGAGGAGGAGGAAGAGGAGGAGAACCUGGGUCCGGCACUGGACUCCCACUCCUUCCCUUACGUAGAGGAGCCUUCUGAGGAUGAGGAGCUGUCUGACUACCACUCCUACCGCAACCUGGGCACCCCUCAGACCGCUAGCCCUGUGAAGAUCAUCCUGACCGAGUCCCACCCACCUGCUGCCGCCAAACCCAUCCUCCCGCAGGCCAACGUGUCUGACAACAUCCUCAGCCUGGGCUUGCAGGGCGUCCCCACGGUUACGCUCUCUGAGCCAGAGGACGACAGCCCCAACUCAUCCCCCAAUGCAUCCCCAACAGAAAAAGAAUCCCCUUCCCAAGACCUGUUCAAGGCUGUCCCCGGCAGCAAGCCGACCCCGGGCUCCACCAAGGCCAGGGAGCAGGACGGCAGCAGUGCGGAGUCUGGGGACUCUGAGAUAGAGCUGGUCUCUGAGGAGCCCCCCUUGCGGAGCCCCCCCAGCACCAAGUCCAGUAACAACCCCUUCGAGCAGCCUCCCAGCAGCAAGGGCGGUUUCAGACAGGCUGGCAACCCCUUCGACAACCCCCCCAGCACCAAGGGGCCCACAUCCUACAGCAUCCUUAGGGAGGAGAGGGAGGCUGAGCUGGACAGUGAGCUCUUCAUCGAGUCUGCCAAUGAGGAGAGCCCCAAGAGAGAGGGGUCCGGCACCAAACAGGGGGUCAACACCCCUUCACCUCUGAUCCUCACUGCCGCAUCCCCCGCCCGCCCCGCCCCAGAGGUGGUCCCAGCCGAGCCUGUGACGAGCUCCAUGAUAAAAUCAUCCAAUGACAGGCACAAGAGCCCCAUAAAAAUGGAGGAGGAUUGCCCAACUAAGCCCAAGCCCCCCACAGCCACAGUGCCCCCGGAGGUGAGGUCUGAGAGGCCCUUCCUGGACGACAAGCACGUCACUGAGGGGAAGGGAGACCUGGCUAAACCUGCUGCGGCAGUCUUUAUGGAGGGCUUUGACAAACAGAAAGCCAUUGACCUGCUCUACUGGAGGAAUGUGAAGCAGUCUGGAGCUGUGUUCGGCAGCGUGCUCCUGCUGCUCUUCUCUCUGACCCAGUUCAGUGUGGUCAGUGUGGGAGCCUACUUAGCCCUGGCUGCCCUCUCUGCCAGCAUCAGCUUCAGGAUCUACAAGUCUGUGCUUCAGGCUGUGCAGAAGACCGAUGAAGGACACCCAUUCAAAACCUAUCUGGAAGUGGAGAUCUCUCUGUCCCAGGAUCAGAUUGGUAAUUAUGCUGACAAGGCUCUGCUCUACGCCAACACCUGUAUGAAGGAGCUCCGUAGGCUGUUCCUGGUCCAGGACCUCAUCGACUCACUGAAGUUUGCUGUGCUGAUGUGGCUGCUGACCUAUGUGGGCGCUCUCUUCAAUGGCCUGACUCUGCUUAUUCUGGCCGUGGUGUCCAUGUUUAGCAUGCCCAUUGUGUAUGAGAAACACCAGGCACAGAUUGACCAAUAUGUUGGACUAAUACGGACCCAAGUGAACUCCGUAGUGGGGAAGAUCCAGGCGAAGAUCCCCGGGGCCAAGCGAAAGGAAGAGUAGACCUGAGUCUAGCUAACAGCCUCGUCAUUAUCUGUGGGGUAGUACUAUGUCAUCUAGGUGUUCUCUAAAACCAACCACUGGAGAAACCCUGACCCCAAAACUGUCUAGAACGGUUAACACACUAACACACAGUAAAUCACUCAUGUUCAAGAUCUUAUGUCUAGGUAGACAAGUACACAAUUCUGAACAACAAAAAAAGAACCAGCCUUUUUUUUAUUUUGUGUUACUUGUUAAGUGCAUGAAGUCAAGCCUUGAGUAAAUAUUUGAUAUCUUUUGUGCAGUUUUUUCAUGCUACGUUUUUUUGCUGUGCUUACAACAAGCUAAGAUUUGGCACAAAAAAAGAGAUAUGCCUACAGAAAUGCUCUGCUGCCAAUGUUAAAUACUGCUUCAUGUUUGAGUUAGCUGGUGGGCCUUCUCUCAGUAUAUGACAAUAUAUAUAAAUACAAUGAUUUCCUUUGUGUUUUCAAGCACAAAAUAAUUAGACAAUAUGCGUUUUAGAUGUGGUAAUUGUAGGGUUUUUGCUUUUGUAUAACUAUAAGGAACUAUACACAAGCUGGUGUUUUAAGUACCGUUGUUUGACUACUAUGAAGACGAGGAAUAUCUGAUGAUAUUUAACUUGUUUGAAUUAACUGUCCAACUAUACUCAAUGUAGUUCUUAGACCCUGGACUAACUAUUUGCACUUACAGUAUGUAUUUCAUUACAGAAUAAGAAAAAUAAAUGUUCCUUGAUGUAUUA